AUCUUUUUUCAUCUCAUCUCGAUAUUCAGCUAUGGCAGGAAAACAGACAAAGACCGCUAAAAGAGCCAACUCCCAGAACAAGACUAGAAGUGUGGAAUCUGAGGUCACGACAGAUUCUCAUGCCAGAAACCUCUUGGAGUCUCAGCCCAAGUUAACCCCCAAAUCUGUUAAAAGACAGUUAUCCAAGCAGGCUAUCAAGAAGCAACAAGCAAAAAUAAGGCUUUACGGUGCUAAAAAUGGGAAAGAGUACAACGAGAGUCAAUUGAAAAUACCUUUGUUGAACAAGGCUGUCAUGCCUGGUGUUAAAGUCAAGUCAGGAAAAAAAGGAAAGAAGUUUGUUGAUGAAAAGAACCCCAAUGUCCUCAACUUAUUAGUCAAGACCAUCAAUGACAAAUACGACAAAGUUAAUGAAAGUAAAUUGGAGAAGGCUAGAAGAUUGGAAGAAAUCAGAGAGUUGAAGAGAAAGGAAAUGGACAAGAAAGAGCAAGAAAAGAAAAUAAGGCUAAUGUUGCCAGAGCUAACAGAAGAAAGAACGCCAAGAUCUCCGCCGAGAACGAAGAUUCUGCUCUGUCGACCAAGAAGAAGAGUGUUUCCUUUGCCUAAUCCCAGGAAUCCGAAUUCCAGUCACGAAACUUAAUCUGUACAUUAUACAUUCAGCAUAAAUUAGACCAAUAAAUAACGUAAAUAAUGUAAAGCUGCGUACAAGACAUAAGGAAAUUGGUCCACGAUUUAUUUACAAGAGGGACAGUAGAAUUAAAAUCCCCGUGGACGAAUGGUUCUGGCUCGAGCUCUUUGUUCUCUCAUUUUCUUGGUGUAAUACCAGCCAUAAGCCACACCUGCCAUGGAUCCUCCCAAAUGGGCCGCAUAGUCAUACGCACCCCAUCUGAAGAAAAGCCCUGCAGCAUUGUAUGCUAUAGCACCCAAGAAGGCGAACCAAGCGCCGCCUGGAACCGGAAUGAAAAAGAGGGCAAUUGGGGCUUUUGGAAUCAAAUAAGAAAAUGCACCAACUACACUGAAAACUGCACCCGAAGCACCCAAUGAUCCGACCGCCAAAGAUGUUCUCAUCAAAGUCGGUACAAGGAUUGAAACAAAUGAAGCAAUGACAGCAGAAUUAAGGUACAUGACAAGAAAGUUAGUAGCACCCAACAUUGCACAUAAACUGGUUCCGAAAGAUUGGAGAACAAACAUAUUGACAAAGAUAUGCAUGAAGCUCUGAUGUGAGAAGGCUGACCCCAACAAUGACCAGUUCGAGUACAUCUUAUCUUUAACAAGCAAACCGUAUCUAGACAUGAAGGUGAUAAAGUUGGGGUUUUUCCACAUUAAGAACACCAACCCAUUUGCAGCAAUUAUCGAGUAGAUCAACCACAGAGGAUUUCUCGUGAGGAUUCCAAGCGGAGUGAAUUUCAUCAACAACGGAACCCCCAAAGUGGUGCCCACGCAGAACGCAAGCGUGAAAAGAGCUGGCCCUUUCAAUCUAUCCCAGUUUGAGUUUCCGUAGUGCUUAUUGUACCGGCUCCAGGUACUACUAUCUCUCCUUUGUUGCCUCCGCUGGUGUUUGAACUUGAGUAGUCUCAAUCCACGAGAUGGACUGAAGCGUCCAAAGAGUCUCAUCAUUUUCGACCCGUGUAAGCUGUUUCCUCUAUGUGCCGAGUGUCUGUACGCUCUAUUCUGGGCCCGAAACAACCAGCGGUUCCAGAAAUCACAGUGAUUUCCAAAUUUGUGAGUACCUUGUCCCCAGUGUCUUCCAAAACCUCCUUUUGUCCCCCAAACGAACCCACCGCCCCUUUCUGCCCAGUG